UUGUGCCAGGGGAGGUUUUCAUUGGAUAUUUGGAAGAAUUUCUCUCCUGGCAGAGUGGUGAGGGGGUGGCCCUGGCUGCGCAGGGAGGUGCUGGAGUCCCCAGCCCUGGAGGGGAAGGACACAUCAGACUGGUCAGAAACUGCUAAUGGAGGUUCCCAAAUGGAUGCUCUUGCCUUGGAGUCUGCCAGCAAGGAAGCCUACUUCAGCAGGGUGGAAACCUUCACCCCCCUGAAGUGGGCAGGCAAACCCCACGAGCUGUCCCCCCUGGUGUGUGCCAGGUAUGGCUGGACCAACGUGGAGUGUGACACUCUGAAGUGCUCCAGCUGCCAGGCCUUCCUCUGUGCCAGCCUCCAGCUCACCCUGGACUUCAGCAAGUAUAAGGAGCGUUGUGUGGAGCUGAGGAGGGCCCUGUGCACUGCCCACGAGAAGUUCUGCUUCUGGCCAGACAGCCCCUGCCCAGAUCGUUUUGCCAUGUUGCUGGUGGAGGAGCCCAGAGCCCUUCUGCAGGACUUCCUGGAACGCUUCCAGAGCCUGUGUCAGCUGGAGCUGCAGCUGCCCUCCCUCAGGCCAGAAGACAUGAAAAACAUG